AUGGAGCUGCAGGCUCCGGGGGCUGAGGGGCCGAGUGGGGCCCCCCUGUUCUGCGUCCUGCGGGGCCCUGGGCUGCUCUGCUACGGCAGCGCUGGCGAGGCCGAGGCAGGGCAGGAGCCCACCCUGACCAUCGCUGUCACCAAGGCUCCGGGGGCUGAGGGGCCGAGCGGGGCCCCCCUGUUCUGCGUCCUGCGGGGCCCCGGGCUGCUCUGCUACGGCAGCGCUGGCGAGGCCGAGGCAGGGCAGGAGCCCACCCUGACCAUCGCUGUCACCAAGGACACGCGGGUGCGGGCGCUGGAGGCGGGGGGCCGCGGGCAGCCCCCCGGGGUGGCGGUCACCAACCGGCUGGGCGGGGAGGAGGUGACCCACGCGCUGCUGGCCGAGAGCGCCGCCGAGGCCCAGCGCUGGCUGCGAGCCUUCGGGCAGCACCUCUACGACUUGGCUCUGUGGGACCCCACACAUCCCUAUGGGAUCCUGCACAUCCCUGUGGGACCCUCCCAGCCCAGCAGGACCCCAGAGAAAUGGGGACAAGGACAAGGAUGA